AUGAAGGGGUACCCAGACCAGCAGGUGCCGUUCACUCUCCCGCAGGCGGCUCCGGCUGCCGGAGCUGUGCUGGGCUCCAGGAAAGGAGCUGGGGACUGGGUCUUGCAGCCGGCGCGGGACCCUGAAGACCUCUUCCAGGACUUGAGCCAGUUCCAGGAGACUUGGCUGACAGAAGCUCAGGUUCCAGACAGUGACGAGCAAUUCGUGCCUGACUUUCAUUCAGAAAACUUAGCUUUUCACAGUCCUGCUAAGGUUAAAAAGGAGCCACAGAGUCCCUCCUCGGAUCCGGUGCUGUCCUGCAGCCACAAGCAGCCCUUCCAGUACCACAAUGGCCAGCAGGGCCUUUAUGGCAGUGCCUAUGAUCAGCCCAGAAAAGCUGGAAUCAAGUUCCCCACUACCUCUUUGUACCAUCCACCUGUGGGGAUCGGCCAUGCCUUCCUCUCCUCCCAGAGCAUGGCCCAGGAAGACUCCACUGCCUACCAGCACCAGAUGUCCAAGCCCUGUCUCCAGUACCCUCCUCAGGGAUUCAAACAGGAGUACCAUGACCCACAGUAUGAGCAAGCAAGCCAUCAAUACCCAGGAGCUGCAGUGAUCAAGCAGGAGCAGGUGGACUACGUGUAUGAUUCAGAUGUUCCUGGAUGUCCUUCCACGUACAUAGAUGUUGAGAGUUAUCCAGACCUUUCCAAUACAGAAGAUACAUUAGGCUGCAGCUAUGAGAAACAGCUGAGAUCCUUUACUGAUGACAUCUGUGUUGUUCCAGAAAAAUUUGAAGCAGAAGACAUCAAGCAGGAAGCUGGAGGGUACCGGGAAGGGCCUCCAUACCAGAGACGGGGAUCUCUCCAGCUCUGGCAAUUCCUUGUGGCUUUAUUGGACGAUCCAACCAAUUCCCAUGUCAUUGCCUGGACUGGUAGAGGGAUGGAGUUCAAGCUCAUUGAGCCAGAAGAGGUGUCCAGGCUGUGGGGCAUCCAAAAGAACCGUCCAGCCAUGAACUAUGACAAGCUAAGCCGCUCCCUUCGCUACUAUUAUGAGAAAGGCAUCAUGCAGAAGGUGCCCGGGGAGCGCUACGUGUACAAGUUCGUCUGUGAGCCCCAGGCCUUGUUCUCCCUCGCCUGCCCCGAGCGACCAGCACCGAGGGCAGAGCAUGAGCACCAGGUCAGGGAGGAGGACACGGUGCCUCUUUCUCACCUGCAUGAGAGUGCCACUUACCAGCUGGAACCCAGGAGCCUUCCUCCACAGCUUUACAGCAAAGGCUAUAUGUACUAG